AUGAGAACAGAUGGGAAGAUUAUCGAGUACAAAUCCCCGAUUAAAGUACAUCAAGUGCUGUCCGAUUUUCCAAACCACGCAUUAUUAGUAUCUGAUAAUCUUCCUCCUAUCGUAAACCACAUGCAUCCGAAUGCUGAUUUGCUUCGAGGCCGUUUGUAUUAUCUUGUUCCUCUACCGGUGGUCCCACAACCGAUGAAGAAGACGAAGACGAAGCCGAAGAAGACAGUUCGUUUUGCAGAGGAUGUUGUAAUAGUAGAAGAAGAAGCAGAAGAAGAAAAGGAAAAAACCCGACAAUCGAACGGAGUGACGAGAAUUAAGCUUGUGAUUAGCAAAAAGGAGCUGCAAGCAAUUCUAAGUAAAGAGGGAGUUUCUGUUGAAGAUAUGAUUUCUCAUGUGCAGCAGAAUGAACAAAGCACAAUCAAGAUUGAAUGUAUCCCUCAAGUGCACUAA